CGGGGAGGGUGGCUGGGAAUGUCACUUCAUCGAAACGUUAAGUGUCCAAAUUAAAUACAUACAACGUUUCCGAGAAGUGCCGGGCAUGAUAGUGUAAAUUCUUCAUGCAGGUGCGCCAACAUUGCUCUCUGCCUCGGAAUGCCAGACGGCAGCUCGCCUUAAAGUUUUUUCUUGGGGUCUAAAGUGCGUUGUUCAUCGAAAUGUCGCCUUUUGCUGCGAAAACAAAUUGUGAUAGUAAUGAGAAACAGCUCAACUUUACGUAAUGAUUUUUUUAAAGAAUUCUUGCAAGGCUGUCACGGGCGAGGAGGCGUGGUAGAGGCACUGGAUCCGAGGUGUCCGAGUCUCAGGCACUCUCCAACUCGGCAGCCAGAGGUCCACUGGAAGUUGGGAGUGUAGGCGCAGCCCAUCAUGUUACACCACCUGCAGCUUUACUGUGUGUUUUUCGCAUUGGUCUCCGUACAGGCUCAGAAUGUUGAAACUAAAGAGCAGCCUCGGAAAGGGUUGCAACCCUGGCUUACAGGGAUAAUCGCAGUGGUUGUGUUCCUAUGCCUAUGCUUCAUUGGAUUUAUAGUGAAUAAGAUCUGGUGCACAGAUCCUGAGGUGAGUAAUCACCUGGAAUCGCCAGCACCAGAAGCUGAUUAUGGCAACACUAAUGGAACCCAGAUUACAGAAACUCUGACUUUAAAAGAUGUGAGAUCAAGUGAACAUCCAGGUGCCUAUGAAAAUAUAUACGAAAUCCCCUAUGAUGAAUCACCAAAGAUAACUAUAACUGCAAUGUAACACGGUUUAUGAAAUCCUAUUUUUCAACAGAUCUGUUAAUUUCUGUUGAGUUAAUUUCAUAUGACCCACUGAUGUACAGCACAUUUUCUUCUUUUGUUUUGAAUAGAACAAAAUAUAUUAUAGAGAAAUGUUAA